AUUUGUAAUGGGUUCGACAUUUUGGUUCAAUUUGACUCAAAGCAAUUUAUAGCCGCCACCUCCCGCUCCAAACCCUAAUCCCUGAUCACUUUCCGUCUGGGGGAUAGUUAGCGAUGGAAUCCAGUGUCUCCGGUGCCGACGUCGCGGCGGCAUCACUUCCUUCUAACGGAUGGGAUUUCAUAUGUGACUUUGAAGUUGAUUUUGGAUCAAAUGAGAAUGCAAAUAUAGCAGGUUCUGCAUUAGCUGUUGACAAGGAGCUGCAGCCGGACAAGGUUAAGAGGCAGAUAUCCAUUUGCGAUGGAAAGCUUAAAGUACAAUUUGAAGCGGUGGAGGCUAGGUUUCUGCGUGCAUCAUUUAGUUCAUUCGUGGACCUUUUGAUUCUUACUACACAACUCAUCGAAGAGUAUGGCCACACUCCAAUCUAAUGUCAUUUUGUUAGAAAAAGAGGAUCAUUUGGUAAGUAUUCUAUGUGAGUCUUCAUAUGUCUGUAUUGUAAUUCUUCAUAACAAUAGGAUUCUAAGAUUUCCUGUGGCUUAAUGUUUACUUUGAAUAAUGUCUUUAGUCAUCA